GCCAGGUCUCGGGUCAACCGCAGCCUCUCUCUAAAAAAGCGCGCUGCGGGCACGCUCUUCAUCCCCCACUCACCGAACAACCCAUCCAACGCCAUCGCGUACCAUCACCACAACCGACGCGCCAUCAACUCCAAAACAUUCUCGACGCGCCCCACCUUCCCGGCGAGCAAUUCGCGCCUUCAGCCUCCACCCACGCGUCGUCACCACGGUCGCACCGUAAGCACAAUCAGCACCAUGGCUGAAGAGGCCGCUACACCCGUCACCGUCGAUGCUACCAAGGCUGUCGACGAGCCGACGCGUCCCGUCGACGCUGCAGAGCCUGCAACGACCGCUGAGGAGAAGCCGUCGGACAGCGGUGACGUACCCGCAGACGCGCCUGUCCAUGACCAAGCACCUGAGGCUGCCGCCGCGACCGCCGACCAAGCCGCCAAAGACGAUGCGACCGACGCGAAGCCCGAUGCAGCAGCAGCAGAGGGUAGUGGAGAUGCCGCCGCUUUUGAAGCAUUGACGGCUACGAAUGGCACCCCGGCCUCUAGCAAGAAGGCAAACAAGGGACGCAAGUCCGCCGGGGGUGUCCCCGAGCACAAGGGCAAGAAGACGCCCAACAAGAAAGGCAAGAAGGAGGUCAAACUAAAUCUGAAUACAAAGCCGGGUGAUAUGUGGAUGGUCGCCAUGCGCGGUUACCAGCCGUGGCCCGUCGUCGUCGCCGAUGAGGACAUGCUGCCCGAGUCGCUGCUCGCAAAGCGUCCGGUCAGCGCCAUACGCAUCGAUGGGACAUAUCGCGAAGAUUUUGAAGAAGGUGGCAAAAACGCCAAAGACCGGCGAUACGCUGUCAUGUUCCUGGGCACAAACGAAUUUGCAUGGCAACCGAACACCGAUCUAAUACCGUUCGACCUCGACGCAAUCAAAAAGGAGGUUGAAUCCGGAAAUUCUGCGAAGAAGAAUAAGCAAUUGUGGGAAGCGUUCCAGAUUGCGGCUGAGGGUCACGACCUGAACUACUUCAAAGAUGUCCUCGUGAGCCACGAGCAGGCCAUACAAGAGGACGACCUGAUAAAGGAGGCGAAGCGCGAGGAAAAGGCAGAGAAGGCUGCUAAAAAGGCGGCCAACAAGCGCAAGAGUACCGCUGCCGUGGACGACGAGGAUGUUGAGAUGGGAGACGCCGACGACACAACUGCAGCCUCUGCGAAGAAGGCCAAGCCUUCAAAGAAGCGCAAGAAGGAGGAUAGCGACGGCGAUGAUGAGAAGCCUGCAAAGACUCCAAAGACUACGCUGAAACUAACCACCAAAAAGACGCCUGCUAAGGAAUCUAAGAAGUCCAAGGCGGCUGCGAAAGAGGACUCUGAGCCAGCCCAGCCCGAGGAGCCGCCGAUGACUGAGGAGGAGCGUCUAGAAAAGCGUAAGAAGACAGUCCUCUACCUCCGCCAUCGCCUGCAGAAAGGCUUCCUUACUCGCAACCAGCCACCAAGGAUCGAAGACAUGUCAGCUAUGUCCGGAUAUAUGGCUCAACUCGAAGAGCUUCAGAGUCUCGAGCCUGAGAUUAUCAAAGAGACCAAGGUCCACAAGGUCCUGAAGGGCAUCUUGAAACUCGGCUCGAUUCCCCGGGAUGAGGAGUUUAAGAUCACGUCGCGCUCGCAUGAGCUGCUCACCAAGUGGGGUACCCUGUCUGGGGGAGAGGACGCCGCCGACGAGGCCGCAGCACCUGCCACGAACGGUAUCAAGCCCGAGGAGAAGAAAGCUGAAUCGCCCGCAGAGGAGAAGAACGAGGAGAUCGCACCCGCCGUCACUGAGGAGGCGAAGCCGAAGGAUGCCGAUGGGGACGUUGCGAUGGCUGAGUCUGCUCCAGAGCCCAAGGAGGAUGCACCGGUGGCUGAGACCAAUGGUGACGCUGAAGCCGAAAAGGCAGAGGCUGCUGUGGAUACUGUGGCUUAGUGGAAAGUUCGUUGGUCCCCCCAUCGAAACGGUCCUCUCGACCUGGCAUGCGAUCUUUCCCACCUUUUCUUAGCAGAUGCGAUUCCUCGACUUAGCACCUGACCUAUUUGCUCUCGAUCUCGAUCCUUCCUGGUUGUGGAGUUCUCGGCUUUGUUUGAGUCUUGCCUGGGUCUCUGCAACGACCUGGAAGGCGGCUCCAACCUUUGAUUCCGCCUGCUAGAAGAGCAGGCGGGUCGUAUACAUGUGUACAUAUUUGACGCACACGGAUGAACGGGCAGGCGAAUGGAUGGGCGGAAGGAUGGUUUUCGGAGCAGUCUACGAUAUGAGGCGAUGGAUUUGCUGGAAGCAAGCGUGCGUGCGAGCGAUAUUCUUCGAGUAUUAGUACGGCCAUGGAGUCAGCGAAAGUAGCCUGUGCAGAUAUUAAAAUUGUUCUACCU